AUGGCGUCGCGGGAAGAAAGGCAGCAGCCACCUCAUCGGCUCAACGACAAUCGUGACGACGUCCGCAACGACAGCUGCCGCUUUGCCUGCUCUUCAUGCGGCCGCUCGUUCAAACGACUCGAGCACCUCGGCCGCCACCGCCAGAGCCACCAGGCCGUCAAGCGGUAUGCCUGCCCGGUGUGCCUGAAGCGGUUUGCGCGCAGCGACAUUCUGCUGCGCCAUACACUGCUGCACCGGUCGGCGGCAGGGCCAGCGGAGCCACGCGCAGCAGCGAGCAGCGGCCGCCCACUGCCAUCCGCAUCCGCCGCGCCGGGUCGUCCGCGAAAGGAGCGCCGACGGGCCUGCCAGGCGUGUGCCAAGGCGCACGAGAGCUGCUCCAAGGGCGCGCCGUGUCAGCGGUGUCUGGUGCGGUCCGUGCAGUGUGUCUACAGCACGAGCACGAGCACGAGCACGAUGGACGGCGGAGGGCAGGAUGGGCAGGAUGGGCAGGAUGGGCAGGGCGGGCAUGGCGCAUCCUCUGCGGCCGAGCCCGUGCCGGCGACGACGGCUGCUGCGGCGUCGUUCUUUGCUGGGACGACGGCGGCAGUCGACCAAGCACCCGCGCCGUUUGUCGACGUGCCCUUCCAGGACAGCACGGCGGAAGCAGUGACGUUGCUGCUCGACAUGCAAACGGAUAUGCAAACGGAUAUGCAGGCGUCGAUGCAAACCGGGAUGCAAACCGGGAUGCCUGCGGGCGACCAACUGAUGCCUGCCUACAACAACUGGGCCGCGCAGGGUCUCAGCCUGCCGCCAGACGGCCCCACACUCAACUUUUCCAUCAACUGGCUGCCGGAGAACCUUCACUCGGAUCUCGACUACGUCUCCAUUCUGGGCCCGAGUCUGCAUCUCAUGUCGUCCGACUUGGUGACGUCGCAGCUUGAACAGCCGUCGUCGUCGUUUCCCUUCCAGCAGAUGCAUCUGCCAGUCGAACAGGCGCCGCUCCAUGCCGAUCUCACGCUCAGCAACGCCAUGCCGCCGCUGCUUCACAAUAGCGGAGACCGACUCGGCAGUUCGGCGUCGACCUCGCCGGUGGCAUCGCCUGUGACGGCAUCGGGCCAUACGCCGCCGGGAACCAACCGCACAGCGCGACACCUGUACACGAACGGUGCCAAUGGCGUUCGCGCCCCCUGCACGGUCCGUGACACGCGAGACUAUGUGCCGAUUCCCGGGACGAAACCGCUGCCGGCGAUCUCGGCUGGAAUGGGAGGCGGCGUCUCGGAUGCCACACGCGACAGAGGCAGAGUCACCAGUGCUCCCAGACUACCCUCCCUGAGCCACAUCUCGGUUGCGCAUGUGCUGCCUGCUGGUGCCAGCGCACACAUGCACAUCUGGCCGUCGACCUACGAACACAUCCGACACGGCAUACGGCAUGCGUCCCGUGCCGACCCCGGCGAGAGCGCCUUGGACGACCAUGCCAUCCCGACGCUCGAGCAGACCAACUACUUUGCCCACCUGUACUUUGAAAAGUGCAACCCGGUGCUGCCCAUUCUGCACGAUUACAUCGGCGCGCUCAACGAGUCGUGGCUGCUGGCCCUGGCGGUCGCCACAGUCGGCGCGCAAUACACGUUUACAGAGGAGUUUACCGCCUGUGCCGCCGCAUUGCACGAGAUCCUCCAGCGGGCCCUGCAGAUGGCGCUGGACGACGACGACACGGGCCACGGCACAUGCAGUCUUGCCACGGUCCAAGCCCUCUUCCUGUCUCAAGUCGGCUUACUGUACCACGGGCCGUCACGUCUCCUCCGACGUACAAAAGUCAACCACAGCAUCCUCGUGGACAUGCUGCGCUGUCACCAGCUGCUGGAACCGUCUACAACGCGGCAGACGACCGUCUCGGCCUCUGUCGAAACCCAAUGGCGCCAGUGGGUGCACGACGAGUCGCGACGGCGGCUUGGCUAUGCCAUAUGGCUGUUUGUCGACAAACUCAUCAAGCCCGACAUUGGCGAGUUCAGCCGCAUCCUGCUGCUGCACGGCGUCUACCAGGAAAUCUGGCUGGUCAAGCGCUACUGUGACCGGCCGCUGGUCAGCUGGGAGGCGGUGCCGGACCGGGUCGUCGAUCGGGCCGCUGAUCGGGCAGUCGAUCGGUCUGAUGCCCCUCUGGCGGCAUCCGCAUCAGCGUCGACGGCUACCUCUGUGGCACCGUCGCCACCGCCAUCGACGGACACAGCCUCCGGGGACAGCGACGCCGCCGCCACCACCUACUCCAACUGGCGCAACGCCGCGUGCGACUGCAUCGACGCCCUCCACUGGGCCGCCAACAGCACGAUUGCCCAGCGGGCGGGGCGCGAGCACACGACCGUGUUCCACCUGCACUUUUCGCGCGUGGUCCUGCUGACGCCCUACGAGGCCAUCCAGACGCUGGCCCGGUACCUGGCGUCUGUCGGCGCCAGCCCCAGCCAGUCCGCCAGCAGCAGCGCGCCGUCGCCGUCGCCGUCGCCGUCGCGCGCCCAGGGCCUGGCGGCCGAGCGGCGCGUCCUGGCCUGGGCGCAGCAGGACGAGCACAAGGCGCGGCUGGCGGUGCUGCACUGCGGCUGUCUCUUUUGGCACGUGCGGCGCUACAGCACGAACGCGUGGUACGAGCCGGUCGCCGUGUACAUGGCGGCGCUGGCGCUCUGGGCCUACAGCUCGUAUGCGCGGCAGGGGGUGCGGCCGUCCGACGGCGACGACGGCGACGACCAGGACGACCGCCCCGACAACCCCGGCGACAACCUCUCCGACGACGACCAGUUUCCCUCCUUCAUCCACCUGGACCGCCCCAACGACGACGAAAUGGUAAUGCUGUUUGUCCGCAGCGGCCGGCCGUCGGUGAUGCGCGCGUACAUUAGCGGCAUCGGCGACAUCGGCGCACCGCCGGCGCCCGUGCGCAUUCUCCAGGAGGGGGCCAAGGUCCUGGCCAAGGUGUCCAUGGCCUGGGGGCGGACGGACCGCUUCCUCUACGUGUUGACGGGCAUGCGCGCCGCCCUGACAAAGGCGGCCGAGUGA